ACAGUUCAAAGGAGAAUUCAUAGCGAGCACUCAUUGUAUUGAGAGUUAGCCGCUCUGGCACAAUGUAAUAUUGUUGAGGCAGUUCUUAGUACAAGUUUGAAUGAUUCGUUCCGUAAGUCGAUCAUAGUAACUAUUCGUCUUUGGAAAGCUGAUCCAGCUAUACAGUGUGGUAGAGCGCUGCGCAAGCUCGAUAAUUGUGAAAAAUAUUUAAUUUAAACUGUACCAGAUCAAAAUAACCUCUGUAAUAAAGUUGUGAUUGUGAUUUGUAAUUGAUUCAGAUUAGGUACAGUGUUAUAUAAAUCUGUUCGCUAAUCUAGUGCGAUAGCAUCAAACAACACGCAACGACCUUGAUGACGUCGGUGUUUGCUGUUUGAGGGAAUAAAGUAUGCCGUGUAACUGCAAAUUCGAUAUUUCGAACGGGGGGCCGCUGCAGCCCUCCGGGUGCGAACGGCACCGGGUCCCCACUGAGCGCAAUGGACACCACCAGCCCCACAGAAGAACUUUUGAUGAGCCCGAAGAUAAUCGAUCCCUCGACGUUAUGCCGAUCGAUCGAUCACAAGAGAACGACGACGAAGUGGAUCUCUCCGUUAGAUAUCCAGAUGGGUCGGUACGCCUGCGAAACCCAAACAUCGAGCUUAUGGACCAGGACAUACUGUACCACUUGGCGCUGGGCAGCGGCUCUCACGAUCUCGUUGAGAUGUUCGGAGACGUGAAGGUUUGUUUCUUCUAUUCAUAA